CGGAAAUCCGCCCUCUCACGCAGGUCUGAAGACGCACGUGGGAUUCAGAACUAAAAGAAGCGAUUUCACUGAAAGACAUUGGAUUUUUCAUACAUUUAAAGUCUACUCGGCUUUAUUUGAAGCAACAAAGCCUAAAAAAAACAAACGCUCGUCAAAAUGUUUCUGCAAUAUUAUGAAAAUGAGAACGGAGACAGAGUCUACACUCUGAAGAAGGUGACACCCGAUGGGCAGCCCACCAGCUCGGCCCACCCGGCUCGCUUCUCUCCCGACGACAAGUUCUCCCGGCACCGCGUGCAGCUGAAGAAACGUUUUGGCAUCCUGCUCACGCAGCAGCCACGGCCCGUCCUGUGAAGGAGCCUCUACAGAGGAUUAGAUGAUGGAUCUGAGAGAAAAACAACAGAAAAGACUGUCUGAGAUGGAUCAGCUGUAACAUGGAUUGUUGGAAUGGAAUGUUUUGCUUUUACGUAUGAUUAUGUUGGUUUAUGUUUUGAAUAAAAUGUGC